AUGUCGCAUUCACUCGCAGCCUUUAAUCCCUCAAAUUUGUCGCAUACACGUCGCCCCUCGCGACGCGACCGCACCUCACGCCAGCAUGGCGCUGUCGCUAGCCGUUCCGUGCCAUUGCGCGCCGAGCUUCACCGCGGCCAGCCCACAGUCCAAUCACCGUCUCCCCCCAGCUCGCGGAAAUCCGUGCGCGCGUCGGCAGUUGCGGCGCCGAAAGAAGGAGUGCAGUCGCCGUCUUCCGCCGCGGCAGAUGCGGGAGCGGCGGAGGUUGGCGGAAGUGGCGCGGGGCGAGCAGCGGAAGCGGAAACGUCGGCGGUGGUGCUGCUGGACGUGCGCGAGAUGAUGUGCGGGGGAUGCGCCGCCGCCGUGCGCCAGGUGCUGUCGGAGCAUCCGCGCGUGAUUAGCGCGGGCGUCAAUCUCGUCACCGAAUCGGCCGCUGUUACCGUCUCGCUCCGCGCGCCUGAGGCUUCCGCCUCCCCUUCCGCUUCCGCCUCCGCUCCCGCCGCUCCUUCCGCUACCGCUGCUUUCCCCCCCGCAAUUGCGAAGGCGGGCGACGAGGCGGCGGAGCUUGAGGCGCUGCGCGCGGAGCUGGCGGAACUGGUGGAAGACGCGGGGUUCCCCUGCUCCGUGCGACGCGCGGGGGAGGCGGACGACGAAGCGGAGGCGCGGCGGAGGGAGGCGGCGGAACGGCGGCAGCGUGCGGUGGCGCGCGCGCGCGUGGACGUGGCGGUGGCAGGAGUGCUGGCGGCGCUGUGCUGCGCGCACCACGUGGGGCACCUUUUCCAUGGCAUGGGAUUGCAUGCCCUUGCACACGGCCCAUGGAUGGCGGUGCUGGACGACGUGAGAGCACGCUCCGCCAUUGCUGCUGUCGCUCUGCUGGGGCCCGCCAGAGACCUGCUUGUGGACGGCAUGAAAGCGCUGCUGCGUCGUUCACCCAACAUGAACUCCCUCGUGGGCCUCGCCUCCCUCGCUGCGUUCUUCAUUGGCGUGGUGGCACAGCUGAACCCGGAUCUCGGCCUGGAUUCCUCCUUCACUGACGAGCCCGUGAUGCUGCUGGCGGUGGUGCUGCUGGGUCGGUCGCUAGAGGCCUCUGCCAGGGCGCAGGCCUCCUCCGACCUCAAUGCUCUCAUGGUAAAUAGAAAGCCUCGUCAGGCCUCUGCCAGGGCGCAGGCCUCCUCCGACCUCAAUGCUCUCAUGGUGAUGCCUCUGCUCUGCCCCAUCACUCUUCCACCGCAAUACUUACUCGCUCAUCACUUGCUCGUAGCGAGCAGGGGGAGGGGCAGGAAGCAGAGGAACCACCUCUCUCACCCCUUUCAUCCCUCUCACUGCUCUUCCCUUCCCCACCUCAUACCUAUCCCCAUGCCCAUACUUAUCCGCCAGUCGCUAUUGCCCUCCACGGCUCGCCUGCUAGUGCAAGACGACAGCGCCGGGGGCAGCGAGCAGGGGGAGGGGGCAGGCGGGAGCACCCAGGGACUGCUGGCCUCUCUGAGUGCCUCUGGAGUGGGGAGAGGGGGUUUGAGUGAGGGAGGAGGGGGGGUGGAGAGUGGGAGUGAGGAGGAGGGAGGGGAGGGGUUGGCGCUGAGCAUGGCGGCGUGGGUGCAGGUGCCGGCCAAUCACGUGCGCCCGGGGGAUCGGGUGCUGGUUCUGCCUGGUGACGUCAUCCCUGUGGACGGCGUGGUGGAGAGUGGGCGCAGUGCAGUGGACGAGUCAUUGCAGACAGGAGAGGCGGCCACAGUGCCCAAGCGUAGAGGAGCUACUGUUGCUGCUGGCACCGUCAACUGGGAGGGCCCUAUAGUGGUGUCAGCAACAGCAACAGGAGCAAGCUGUGCAGUGUGUGAGAUGGCACGGCGGGUGGAGGAUGCACAGCAGCGCACGGCACCGGUGCAGCGCCUAGCAGACGCCAUCGCAGGGCCGUUCGUGUUCACCAUCAUGAGUCUCUCCGCUGCCACCUUUGCGUUUUGUGGGAAGGAUUUUUCCACAGCUUGCUGGUCCCUCAUUGUCCAACAUGGUGGGGGUGCACCUUUUUCCCCCUCCGCUCUCCCCCCCCUCUCCCAGGUACACGGUGGGAGUGCAUCUCUACCCAGCAGUGCUGCUGUCGAACUUUGCAGGAGACGACUCCGACCCCCUCGUGCUCAGCCUCCGACUUGUGCAUCCCCACCUCCCCUCCCCCACAUUCUCCUCCCCCUCUCCUCCCCCCCACCUUCUCCUCCCUCCCACCCCACCAGGUACACGGUGGGGGUGCACCUAUACCCAGCCGUGCUGCUCUCAGACUUUGCAGGCGACGACUCGGAUCCUCUCGUGCUCAGCCUCCGCCUCGCCAUCAGCGUGCUGGUGAGAGGACCAUUGUCGUUAGUGCUGGCGAGGGUGGCAGGAGCGUGCUGGUGA